AUGACGACGCUCGUUCGCCAUCUAACAUUCGAAAUGUCGGCAGAAACAGACAGACCCCUCCUCAUAAUCCCCGGAAGUAGUCUUGAUGAAUUUCCAGAUCCACCUACCACAACCAAGCCUGAUGCGCCAUCUAUCGGUAGUCGAUCACAUUCAGGGCCAGCGAUUCUCUAUCGCCCCGAAGCUCGUGCUGGAGACUCUUCAAAUGCGACCCAGCACAACAAUUCGCGGGAUCCGGCAUUGGAAAAUCCUAUAAAGUUGUGGGAUGAAGCUUAUGAUCAACUUAAGAGAUCGGACCCGGCAAUAGUCGAAGCAUACGAAAAGAUUCUUUCUCAGGACUAUGAGACCUCCCCCGAAGCGAAAAGAGCCCAAGAGAAUGUAAUUGAGCAAGAUGACUGGAAGAUAAGGCGCACGCAGAUGGAGAGAAUUCUACAAAAAAUCUUGAAAGACAUACCGAAGCCAACUGGAGUGAAAAGAAUAAUGACAGAUGCGAUUAAUGUUGUUUUAUCGCUGAAGGAGGUGAUUAGUACAAGUCUGCAGCCCGUGCCAAUAGCCGCUUUGGCAUGGACUGGAGUAUGCAUCGGACUCCAGCUUGCAUCAGACACAAUCGUCGAACAAGGAGCUCGUAAUGCUGGGGUCGCUGAUAUUGCGCUGAAGAUGAAGUGGUACUCCAGCUUAUCACAAAUCAUCCUCGACGACAGCCACGAGAAGCUAGUCAGCCUGCGCAGUUCUCUGCCUGAAGGAAUCCUUGAUUUCUAUACAAACAUUCUCGGAUGUCUGUUGAAAUGCAUUUGCGCAACAUACAAAGGGAGAACUCAGAUAUUCAAGGACAUGCUUAAGUUAGACGGAUGGGAGACGAUGUUUCGCACGACAAAUGAGAAAGAGACAUAUUUUCGCAAUGCGAUUCGUGACUACAGUGAUGAGCGGAAGAUUUCGUACCUUGAGCUUCUAGUGGACUUGUACCGUUCGAGUGCCGAGGAUGAAGUAUUAAGGAAAAUAUUUGUCAUCAACAUGAAAACGGAGAUUCAGUCUCUUCAGCAUCGAAAAGAUGAUUUGAUACCGGAAUCCUCGAACUGGAUUCUCAACAAUGAGGCUUUUGUGAAAUUUUCUAGCUGGGAAAAGCAAAAUCGAUGUAGGAGGCUUUGGAUUAAAGGAAAAGCGGGCAUGGGGAAGACGAUGCUUCUAAUAGGUGUGGUCAAGAAAUUAGAAGAUGAGCUUCAAACGCAGCAGGAAACUCGUUUCGAUGCUCCGUAUCUUUCAUACUUCUUCUGCCAGGGCACGAAUGGCAAGCUAAAUACCGCAACGGCUGUGGUACGAGGCUUAAUCUGGAUGUUUAUCCGGCAAGAACGCUCUCUUAUGCAGUAUGCGAUGCGCCUGGCUGGACAGAGUCUAGACGACGACUUGAACACUUUUAUUGAUAUCAAGAAUAUUCUGCUUGCAAUCUUGAAGAAUCCAAUCAUGAAAAAGGUUUAUAUUAUCAUUGAUGCAAUCGAUGAGUGUAUUGAUGCCAGCCGCAGUGGUGGUAUACCCGGGCGUGCACAUUUGCUUGAUUUCAUUUGUCAAGUUUCACGGGACUUCCCAAAUGUCAAGUGCCUCAUAUCGAGCAGGGAUGAGCUUGACAUCGAAAUGAAAUUCGCUAGAGCAGAGGCAAAAUCAUGGGUCUCGCUUCAACUAGAGCUGGAUCGCAAAGUUUUGGCAGGUCCUAUCAGAGCCUAUAUCGACAAGAAAAUGUCCAACCUGGAGACAAGGUUAUUUGCAGAAUGGGAGUUCGAAGGCGAGGUUACAGAAGAGGACCGAGAGAUGAUUCACACCAAGCUCCAGAAUGUGACGAGGGAAAUGCAUCGCAAAGCCGAUGGCACCUUUCUUUGGGUUGCUCUGAUAUUCUUGCGAAUCGAGGAUGAGAGAACAGAUCUCAGAGAACUUCCAAGGCUGGUCAACGAGACUUCAGGAAAACUCGGAGAGAUAUAUGAGAAGAUGAAAUUGCAAAUUCAGCAAAACAAGGAUGGAAACUCAGGUUUCUGCAUUAAGGCGCUUUCUAUAGCAACUACCGCAAAUCGUCCGCUCAGGCUGGCUGAAAUCCGAAUCCUUGCUGACUUUCCCCGAGACGUGUCACCUCUGAAGAUUUUGAAGCUAUGUCGCUUUUUCAGGAUCGCCGAAGAUGAUGACAAGCAGAAGACAGUAUACAUGAUUCACGAAUCGGCGAAACAAUGGCUUGAAAAGCAGCUGAAGGAAGGACGCUUGGGCGCUAUCGAGAGCAGUGAUUGUCUUGCUUCUGCUCAUGCCUCCUUGGCUAGGCGAUGUCUCCAGAUAUUGAACACCUCGCUGCGAAAAAAUAUUUGGAAUUUGCCCGAUCCAGGGGUUGAAAUUGGCCAAAUACAAUCAGCAUCUCAAGGCUAUGCUUCGAAAAUGUCCAAGAGCACCAUACCUGGCUCUGAUCAGACACCAGAACCCCGGAUAGUAUACUCUCCCGAUCCUACAGAUGACGACCUUAUUCCUGCAGCUUACGCUGCAUUGAACUGGUUUGAUCAUAUGUUGAAGGGCGAUUCCAAAGACGAUGGGAAAAAUUUAGCCGCAAUGCUGAAUUUCAUGAAACAUCAGUUCCUCUAUUGGCUUGAAGCGCUAAGUUUACUGCGCCAAGUGGGUGACGGUGCUGCUAUCAUCGCGCGCCUCAAUCGUUAUCUCAAGAGCAAAGAAAACUCGAGCCAAGCCCCUAAAAUUCUCACAGAAAUCAUGUCUGUGAUGAAGGAUGCAAAUCGAUUCACUCUCUACUAUCAGGGUAUCAUCGAGAUCGCGCCCCUUCAGAUUUAUUCAGCGGCUAUAGAGUUUAGUCCCAUGCAAAGCAAAAUCAAAAAUUUGUUUCAAAAGGAAAGGCCCAACUGGAUUACUUCAUCCCCGACAGUUGAGGAACAUUGGAGUCCUUGUCUACAAACGCUUGAGGCUCAUAAAGGGUCGGUCUGUUCUAUCACAUUUUCACACGAUGGUAAACGACUGGCCUCGGGAUCACACGACAAAACCGUACGCAUAUGGGUCGCAGAGACUGGCACCCUGCAGCAAACGUUACAGGGGCAUCGAGAUUGGAUAUCAUCAGUCGCUUUCUCGCAUGACGGCGCGCAACUGGCAACGGGAUCCCAUGACAAAUCUGUACGAAUUUGGGAGGCUGGAACUGGAGCACUGCAGCAAAUUCUGAUGGAUCAUAAAGACUUGGUCUCUUCGGUAGCUUUCUCGCCUGACGGAAGCUGGUUGGCAUCAGGCUCACAUGAUGGGAAUGUCCUCAUAUAUAAGCCCAGAACAGGGGCCAUCUACCGGACGAUCGAAGCCUCAGAUUCUUGGGUUCUAUCUGUUGCUUUCUCCUAUGACGGAGCCAGAUUAGCGGCGGGCAUGCACAAUGGUAAGAUAGGAAUUUGGGACGUCGAGACAGGAACUCAGUGUAGUCUGUAUGACGGACAUCAAAGCUCUGUCUCUUGGGUGGCAUUUUCGUGGGAUGACCAACGACUUGCGUCUAGCUCCCAUGAUACCACUCUCUGCGUCUGGAAUGUAAAAAACUCACAGUUGCUCCAAACUCUUGAAGGUCAUAAAAGCCCGAUUUUAUGCUUGGCUUUCUCCCCGAGAGGGGAAAGAUUGGCUUUUGGAUCCACAGAUUCAUUUGUUCGCAUAUGGAAUUGCGAAACAGAUGAAACAGUAGCGACACUCAAAGGGCAUCGGAAUUCCACUUUAUGCAUUGGUUUCUCUCCAGAUGGGAAAAGACUCGCGUCAGGCUCGCAGGACAAAACUAUCCGUGUCUGGGACAUAGAGACCGAUACAACACAACAAACCUCAGACUACCAUAGCAACUCUGUCUCCGCGUUGGCAUUUUCUCAAGAUGGCAAACUGCUCAGCUCUGGCUCGUCUGACAGUACAAUCAGAAUCUGGGAUACGGAAACCGGGGUCUUCUGCAAAGUGCUCGAAGGUCAUAGGAGUUCAGUCUACUCACUGGUCUUCUCUACCGAUGGAAAGUAUUUAGCAUCCGGCUCGCAUGAUCAAACUAUCCGCAUCUGGGAUACUGACAAUUGGACAUUACGGAAUGUGUUCAAAGGUCACAAAAAUUCAAUAUUUUCGAUUUCGUUUUCUCCUGAUGGACGGCAACUAGUAUCAGGGUCCCACGAUAAAACAAUAAGGGUUUGGAAGACGCAGACAGGUGCGCUUCGACACACAUUGAUGGGCCAUAGCAAUUCUGUUACAUCUGUCGCAUUAUCUUCUGAUGGAAAAUUCUUGAUCUCAGGGUCACAAGACAAGACUGUGCGAAUAUGGGAGGCCGAAACUGGUGAUCUACGACAGACACUCAGCUGUCAGAGCUCUAUUACCUCCGUAGCCUUUUCCCAUGACAGGAAGCGCUUUGCGGCUGGUGCUCACGACGAGACAGUGACAAUAUGGCAUGCUGAGACAGGAGAUUUUGAAGUAUCUUAUAAUAUCGGAACUUCCCCAACUCAACUAGCCUUCACCAGAGAUGGAAGCGGAUUUGUCACGGAAAGGGGUUACAAUCCCUUUCAGCCGUCAUCGCAGAGUGCUGAGCCUUUGCCACGAUCUUUAUACUCGGUUCUCGCUGACAAGUCAUGGAUUACGUGGAACGGCGACAAAAUACUAUGGAUUCCAUGGGAAUACCGACCGGUGUGCUUGAUGGUCCGAGAUCAUAAGAUAGCCGUAGGUUGUGCUUCUGGCCGAGUCUUCUUGCUCGGUUUUAGCUCCACCAUCCUUCCAAGAGUGGCAAAGAAGCAAACCCCACGGUGA